UCGGAAGCAGUGACGUCACAGAAACCGUCCAGAGGAGUAACGCCCCCUCAAACUUUCAUUUCAUGUUUGCCGGAGCGUUAGCGUCGUUUUCGGUCGCCGAAGACGUGUUUAUUUCAUAUAUCAAACAGGGUCAACGUGUUUUCUUGCGGACUGUUCAGCUGUGCAACCACGCGUGUUUUGGCUAGUAAGAUUUUAAGACUUGAAAUAAAUAAUGUCAUGUGGAAGAGGAAGAAGCUAGAAAGUUUGGUGAGCACCGUAUACUAAGAUCAGGUGUGCGGAUGGAGUCGCACAAGGGCUCCGAAGUUGUUCAGCAGCAAAAAGACAGAGGCCAGACUUGUUCCCCCAGACUGACACAGUUCUGUUCAACAACCGUCUGCAUAGAGGCAAGACAACAACGCCAGAAGACAAACCUCAGAUCGGAUCUGAUCAUGUUGGCGAUUCACUAAUCCUGUUCAAAAAACAGAUUAUGAGUGGUCCUUCGGGCAGCAUGGUUUUCAGGCAUACAUCUAAGAUGUGCAUGCACAGGAAAGAGAAGCACAACAUAAAAUUGCGUACAAAGAGAACAUCAGUGAGUGAAACUCCGCCUACAGCAGGCAAGCGCAGACGGAAAAGUGCCUAUCCAUGCAAAAUAUGCGGUAGGCUCUUCCUCCAUCAUCUGUCUCUGAAUGCACAUUACACUGCGACUGCAUGUCUUAGUGCAAUCAAAAAAGGUCAGGGCACAGGAACCGACACGAAAACUACCAAGUUACGAGAGCACAGGCCAUACAAUAAAGUUAAAGGCAGUCUUGCUCAGGGCAAGACUGUGCGGGCCGGUCCAGGGAGGCCUAAACAGGAGGAAGAGGAGGACGAUGUGGACAUAGAAGGAGAGUUCCCAUGUCCCACCUGCACGGAGGUUUUUUCUCUGCAGUCACAGCUGAGGCAGCACGUGGAGCUCCAUGACACAUCUAUGGUGAGAAGAGAGUGCAGUGUGUGCACAGAGAAGAUGGACACCUUCGAGCGGCCGGCGUCAAGGAGGCAACGCUUCUAUCACUGUGUACCCUGUCAGGAGGGCUUCUCAUCACUGGACUCCUUCCUUGAGCACUGUCAGGAGCACCUGCAAGCCAGGGAUGAAGAGGAUGGCUGAGGCAUGGAGGGCUCCAAAUAUUAGGCCAGCAGGAACUGAGGAACUGGACGUAGAAUGACGAGUGGGAAGUCCACUUGCAUAUAUUUUUGUUCAGCAAGGUAACCCUUGCCUGUAAGGGUUAGCCCACAUAUACAAUAAGGCACCAGAGAUUUGGUAUUCUGCUACAUUUUAUGUUUUCAUAAGUGAUUCUGAUAGGGGCACUAAAGGCACUUCCAUUGUGAUAUUGACCCAUUGCAUUGAUGAUCAGCUAUUUUGAAGAAUGUGUCAGUUACUUCUCAUGUUGAAUGUACAUUAUUGGUCGCUCACUGGUCUGUGUAUCCCCACAAAUCUCGGAUAGGUUUGGGGCCGUUUUAGUUGAAGAUGUACAAACCCCAGGAAAAAUGGCACCUUAAUUGUUUGGUUAGAUGAUGGAGCCUUCCAUAUUCAAUAUUUCUAUCUAUAUUUUACAAAUCACUCAGUGGUGUACAUUUGUAUCUGGCUCUGCAGACUGUCAGUCCCACCACAUGUGUGAUUUGGUGUUUUGAAUGUGACUGUGUUUUUUUCCCCCUCUCAGCUACUGUUUUCAUUUUAUUGCAUGUUUUCUAAUAAACCUUGAUUUUACCUCA